ACGGUUUUAUCCUUGGCCCAUCGUGCACAAGUGAGUACCCUGGUUACCAGGGCACGGCUCAGCUGAUGGGCUGCAGAGUGGAGAGGGGUGCUGACUGGCAGCAUGCAUGUUCACUCUUUAAACUUAAUGGACUCAUUUAAGUUUAUUGCCACCCAUAUUCACAAUAGACUAAACUGGGACAUAAAUGCAGACAAAGACUGAACAGCAACCGUCGUCCACGUGAGCUGUGCAUUUGAAAAUGAAAGGGCAAAUCAUGAACACCACAGAUAGUUUAAGGUAAACAGAUACAUAGAUUCACAUUCUGCUGGCAUGAUAACAUGGCUCGUGGAUGAACAAAUGCAUAUGAACUGCUGGCGGAAAUCUUUCUCAGAUUGAGAGAGAAAUUACCGAACAUUCAUUUGGAAAACAAUUUUCCUUGACAGGGGCCUUGUUGUAAGCUAAGCUAAUAGAUGUAUCUGUGCUUUCACACACCAAAUGAUGUCCCCAGUUCUGUUUGCAUGCGGUGGUUUGCAUGGAUUGGGAUCCCGACCACAAAUACACCUUUGAAGCACUGAAUAAAUACAUACUGUAAUAUAGGCCUGUUUGACUUGGAGGUCAAAUCAGGCAUUGGUUGGAGCGGUUGAGAGACAAUUCAUAACUGGACGUUGUGAUUGGAUGUUGCUGGUCCUGGUGACGCAGAGGGUGCAAGGUUAAGUGAGAGGUGUUUGUUUUCUUGGCUAAUCUUGCUGCACGCCUCUUUGACUUUGGUGUUUAGUCUACAAUAGCCAAAAAGGCUCAAGUGAUCUGUUGCCUCCUUCUGUUAUCUUGGCACUUCAUCAAAAAGUAAAUCUCGUAAUUGAUUCUGUGAUAAAAAGAGGAGAUUGAGAAAAAGAGAAAUUAGACAUAAAUGUCUAUAAUGUGAUAAUUAGUGAAAAUGAGACCCUUGAGUAUGUGUGCACGGACACGCACACACCCACACACACAUACACAUGUACAGGCAUACGGACGCCAACAGGACUGAGGAAAGUUCGCUUUUCUUUCUUCUGUCUAACCGCCAGGCCCCACCCCCUUCUUUUCUGAGAGAGGUUUCUUCCACUUGACCUUAGUGGCCUAAUCUGAGUGCCGGAGACAUGCUGGUGUGUGCGGUCUGUGUAUGCGCGGUGUGUGUGCGCGGAGUGUGUGCUGCGUGUGUCUGAGGACGCUGCCUGCGCCCUGCGCUGGCUACCCCUGGAGCACAGCCAGACCCUCCGUCCUGCGCGGACCCUGUGCCUGUGUGGAGGACCAGACCGCGCCUGUAACAGCUGUCUUUCCUCCGUGUGGAGCUCACGGACAUGGAGCCUGUGCUGGGGGGUGACAGCCCGCCUCGGGGGGCUCCGAUGUCCAGGGCGGGAAGCUGUGGGGAGUUCCACCAGACCACUAAGAUGAAGGCACAGCGGCGGCAGUCUGCCCCGUCCCUGGUCAUCAGCAAAGCACUCACAAAAUCCAGGACCAUCUCCAGGGAGAACUGCCUGUCUCCCAUCAGCCCGGAGUCUUGUCCCCUAGUCCAGUCCUUUUUGACCCCGUCUCGGACGUUUGUCACGCACGGACACGCCCAGCUGAAGACGGGCCUUCAAACACAGGAACGCUACCUCUUCCUCUUCAACGAUAUUCUCCUCAUUGCCAAAGCUAAGUCCUCGACACACUUCAAGCUGAAGGCCCAGGUGCGUGUGUGUGAGAUGUGGACAGCCAGCUGUGUGGAGGAGGUGUGUGAGGGCAGCAUGCACCCAGAGAGGAGUUUCGUCAUGGGCUGGCCCACCUGCAACUGCGUGGCAACCUUCAGUUCUGUGGAACAGAAAGAGAGAUGGCUCUCCUUCAUCAAAAGCCGAAUAAAAGAAGAGAAAGAAAAAGAUGAUCCCAAAACAAUUUCUCUUAAAAUAUUUGCAAAAGACAUUGGGAACUGUGCAAGUGCCAAGACCCUGCCUGUCAGCCAAUCAGACUGCGCUACAGAAGUCAUCCACAUGGCGCUGGAGCAGUUUGGGAUUGUGGGCUGCGUGAAAGACUACCAGCUGUGGGUGAGCUCCCGAAAGGACGACCCUCCCUACCCUCUCAUCGGGCACGAGUUCCCCCUCAGCAUCAAAAUGAGCCACGUCCGGGAGAAAGCCUCCCAGGCCGGGAGAGUGAAGGACCCCGUCACCCCUCUGGACCUGCUGGGGCAGCUUCCCCUGGACACACAGUGCCAGUUCAUCCUGAAACCCCGUCGGGUGGCAGCGGGGCAGAUCUUAACGGACCCAGUACAGAAGCCCCUCAGGAGGAAACGCUCCCUCAUUAACUGGGCCUUCUGGCGCGGCUCCAGCUCCCAGCUGGACUGCCUGCCCCCGUCGCCCACGUCGCCCGCCCCGGGGCGGCUCUUCGGCCUGCCGCUCAGCGCCGUGUGCGAGGGCGACGCCCUCCCCAAACCUGUCAUGGACAUGCUGGUGUUUCUCUACCAGGAGGGCCCGUUCACCCGCGGAAUCUUCCGGCGCUCCGCCAGCGCCAAGGCCUGCCGUGAGAUGAAGGAGCGUCUGAACGCCGGGGCCGACGGCCUCCCUCUCACCAGCGAGUGCAUCUUCGUCACCGCCGCCGUCUUCAAGGACUUCCUGCGAAACAUUCCGGGGAGCCUGCUGUCCCAGGACCUGUAUGAGCAGUGGCUGGGGGUGAUGGAACAUGCCGGAGAGUGUGACAAGGACAAAGUGCAAGCAGUACAGAGGUUGGCUGAGCGCCUGCCCAAGGAGAACCAGCUGCUCCUGAGACACAUGCUCGCCAUGCUGCACUGCAUCCAGUGCCACGCCCAUCACAACCAGAUGAACAGUUUCAACCUGUCCGUCUGCAUCGCUCCCAGCAUGCUCUGGGCCCCCGCCCCCUGCAGCCCGGACGUGGAGAGCCAAGGUACCAAGAAGGUGUCCGAGGUGGUCCGGUUCAUGAUUGAACACUGUUGUGAGGUGCUGGGCGAUGAUGUCACUUCCUUGUUUGGUGGAUUCCCUCAGAAGGGCGGCAACCACAUAUCUGACGCGUCCACCGUCCAGCUGAACGACUCGUCCUACGACAGCCUGGAGAACGAGCUGAACGACGACACGGAGUCUCCCUUCCCAGACCUGCGGGGGCGAAAGGACAAGCAGGAGAACAGGAGCCGCGACUCCGUCAUCACCCUGAGCGACUGCGACCUGGACCAGCCCGACCCCGACCCCGUCCCCACGCCCGUCCACCUGCAGCUCCCCCCUCUGGUCCACCCCAGGAAGUUCACCCAGUCUGUGCACCAGCCCCACCCUCCCCCUCCCGCACACGGGGACGCCUCUGAGCGGGACGCCCUCUCUCGACCGGGAACCCGCUGGCUGCGGCGAUGUUCCGAACCCGCCAUCAGACAUCCCGCCUCCAGCCUGAUGCCAAACCUCGGGCCGCACAGUAUGGCGGUCCGCAAAACCAGCUAUGACGAUGUAAUGAAUCACGGCGAGGGCGAGGUUUUUGUGGACUCGCAGCAAGACGGACAGACAGGUGCAGGGGACGGGGGCGAUGAGGUUGAGCGGGACAAGCGGAGUACGCGGGACGUCCUAAGGUGGAAGCACAAGCUCCCCUCGCCACUGCGUCUGGACAUCAGCUGCUCCAGCCUGUCCUCUCCUGCUACGUCCCCCUCCGGCUCAUCCAUGAGCUCACUGGACAGCGCCUUUUCCCAGUGCUCCACAGACUACACGGUCCCCACAUCUGCCGUGGGGGGCUCUUCCCCCAAAUACCCUACCCCCAAUUCUCCUCGCUCCCCUGUCACCACCUUUCCACUCUUCCAUGGCACUGUCCCCGCUCCCAGCACAACAUCCCACAGGGAGCACUGUGAGUGGAACCAACACAAGAUUGGCCACGGCCUGCACCCCAACACUUGGCUGAAGAGGGACCGAAGACUGUCGUUACGGCAGCAGGACCAGAGUGGCUGGGAAGAGGAAGAACCUAGGGAGCUGAGCAGUGGGCCUAGCAACAGGCCCCUCCCCUCCAAUGGGUUGUUGCUGAGCAAUGACAGAAAAGCCCAUGGACUUGGAGAUCCUUCUAGAAAGAGAUCCAGCAGCCCUCCUUCCUAUCAGCAAGCCAUGCUGCAAAUCCAGGACCCCCGGUCCCCCGUUUGCAAGGCCAGGGACCAGGUGCUGACAGUGAAGGAGCUGAGACAGCUGCAUGACCAAGCUUCUGCGAGGAGCAGGGGAAGUGAUGUCACUCAACAGAGCACAUCGGCAGUAAGAGGUAGUCUGCCCCAGUCAGUGUUCUUUGGACAGGCCUCCUCCAGCUUGACUCUCCAGAGGCAGAAGUCCCACUCCCUCAUCUCAGCCAUGGAGGGGUCUCGCAGGACCUCCAUUGCUGGUAGGCGGGCAUCCGAACCCUUGGUGGGCCGCUGUGCUUCACGCCGAAUCUCCACCCCAGAUCUGGAGAGGCUUCACAGCCAGGCGCUGGUCCAAGGGAGCAAGGCUUUAGCAGGCAAGACCCUGCAGGACUCUGGGCUUAAGGGCUCCUGCGUGGAGCCGCUCCACAACAGCGCGGGUCUGGACCUGGAGCCCAGGUUCUGCCAGGCGGUGAGGGACUACUUCUCGCGCACGCACACGGACCCAGAAUCCUGCUUGAGGAGGAGCCAGGAGGUGGCCGCGGCCAUCGUCCAGAGCAAGCGGGAGUGGCGGAGCAGGAGGUGCAGCGACCCCAGGUUCGACGACUUCGACCAAAUGCUUUUCGCCGAAGAGUCUUACGUGUGAAUUGUUUCCAAAAUGAGCUUCUCUGUGUUGAGUCCGCUUCCCCGUUCUCUGUCAGCCAGCUGUAAAUUCCGUGGAUGUAUUUUCAUACAGUGUUCUCAGCACCACAAACGCUUUGGGCAGGAACACCGAUUCUUUCACACACCAUCCUAAAUCUUCCUCACACACCUCUCUCUCACAGAAACAAGGGUCAUCUACACGCUGAUUAAAACUAUUUUAAUUUUUGUGUUCUUACUAAUGUACUUAUCGGAAGCAAAGACACUACCCAUCAAAACCAAUGGCUUGUAUUUACAGAAGAGCACAUGGUAGUCACAGUUGUAUAGUGCAUUGUAAGGCCAGGGUUCCGUUUUUGUAAAAAAUAUAUUUAUCUGCAAUAUAUUGUUGAACUCGCUGAAAUGCUGUCUAGAUUUCUAAUAGUCAUCAAAUAAAAUUGUGCAGCUUCUGCUUGUUUCUGUGCAGUAACACGUAAAACAUUGCAGAAACAGAAGUACGGAUGCCGCUCAUGUGACCGCACACUAGUUUCCGCUGCAUAGGUAGGUGUCAAGUUCAGUUGUCAAGUGUGGGAGUAACUAUGUCCAUGGACAUAUUUUGAAUAAAGGGAAAGAAAACGAGGACUUUAAAUCAUAAAAAUGAGUUUGAGGCAAACGUGUACUGUUGCAGGCAUGUAAGAAUGGAGUCUAAGGACUUCAGUACUGAUUUUUUACGAUCUCGGGCCCAGAGUAGUCAGGUGGAGAUUACACCUACUUAAAGGGAACCCACUAUACCCAUUGUGUACCGGUGUUUUAUAAAUAUAUUUUUAGAUACAAGUAUGAAAUGCAGUAUACAUCUGUGCAUACUUGCUAUACACUGUUAUCAUUGUCAUUGACGAUAUGCUGUAUACAUGCUAUUUUCUCUUGUGUUGUAUAUGCUAGCAUUGGCAAUAGUUAUAUUGCCAAAAACCAAUAAUAAUAGAAAUAGUGUCUGAAAGAAGUACUGUUUAUAAGCUAAUGGUAUUUCCUAUUUGUUGUUUGACUUCCUUUGAAAACACAGCAGUUUUAAUACAGCACUAUGUACUUAGAGCACUACCCUUUGUAAGUGAGUUAGAGGACUAUGCCAUAAAACUAGCUAUCAAAGUGGCAUUCCAGAUUAUAUCACAAUCAAAAAGUGAAUAGGCCAAUUCAGAGCAUUCUCCUUUAGACUGUAGUUGCUGUCAAUGAAGGAGAGAUUAUUAGGAGCCAAUAUUCAAAGUUCCCAGCAGGAAUGUUAGAAUUAAAAAAUGCUACAGCACUUUCUCUUCCAUAGCUUAAUCCCAAUCUCCGUUUAUAAUGGAGAACACAGAGUGGCAAAACCACAGUAAUUGCGUGUAUAGGUAUACAGGUAGUCACAGGUGUACAUAUUAUAUUUAUGUUUCCUUGAUAUUUUUAAAAUGUUUGAGCUGUCACAUCGCUGCCAAUGAUUCAUAAGCGUAUAAUGCAGAAACUUUAUAUCUAAUAUAUUUUCCGUAAUCUCCAUUUGUUUAUUGUGUAUAGUUUUGUAUGUACAUUAAUAUGAUUCUGUAGUGGUAGUUUGUAAGGAAGUGAAUGUGUUUUUUGUACAUGCCAAUCCAGCUGCUGUCUAUAAAAUUAUAUCUGCUGCAAUAGUGUACCAUUUCUACAUUGUGUAUAUCAGAUCUGUAAUGCACAUGGCAAUUAACAGUAACAAAUAUAAUAAAGUAUCACACUUGUGAAAUAUUCACUUGAAAAA